ACAUUAGAAUAAACAGAAAAACAAACAAACAAACAAACAUAAUGACGGUUAAGUUAUAUAAAACAAUUAAAUGUUUACAAAAAGUAAUUUUACAGCUUUCUUAUUUUUGGAACUUCAUAUUGUUUUUUGGUUUGUUGAACUUCUGCCUUCAAAAUUCAAAACAAUGGUUUAAUUCCCCCAUGUUUACAUUUAUGAAUAAAUCGUAGGUUUGAAGUGUGUGGUUUUUUUUUUAAUAAAUCGAAGUUUCAUACUAAAUCAGUGACUGUAUCUCACCUGAACGCCUGACGUCAGCGUCACCUGCCCUGUUUUGUGUUUGGGCUCCUCCCACUGAACUGAUGACGCCAAGAGAAGGUGUGGCUUAAUUAGCUUUACAGCAGCGCUUCCAAGGCGACCAGUAGUUACCUCCCUGUCACCUUUCAUGCUAAGUUUGGAGCAGGAACUUCCCAGGGAGAUUUAUAAGGAAGACUCAAGAUAAAGCAAACAAUAAAUUAACUGAUGAUUCCACCCUUGGAGGAACCUUCAGCCUCCGUACACCUUACAUGUGACACAAACAAGGGUUGAUCAUCUUUUGAAGGAUAUACAAAACCAAGAGGUGUCAGGUUCUGUGUUUUCUUGAAAAUCCAGGCGAGACUACAGCAUUGGACAUUUAGACUGGGAAGGAUGCAGAUGAACAACUUUUGACUAUCAGGACGGUUACUUGGAGUCCUGCUUAGCCGUGAACUUAAGGGACGGACCAAUGUUUUCAUCCAAGAAGGAGAACCUACCCUCUCCCAUCCUGGAGGAUUCUUUCUUCGCCUUCUCUUCAUCACACUCUUCCUCUGGUCACCGGAUCAUGGCUCCAAUGGGAGCAGAUGAUCUUCUCGCCUCACCUCAGGAUGACAGCAGUCCUACGCUGCUGGAAAAGGACCUGAUCUUGGCUGCUGAGGUGGGCCAAGCUUUGCUGGAGAAAAACGAGGAGCUGGCUGCUCAGAUAGAGCAGAUGGAAAGGGAGAUGGAGGCUACGCAGCAGGAGAAACACAUGCUGCAGCGACGUCUGGAGAUGCGGGACCUCGAGGCAGGUCAGCGGGAAGCGGAACUGCAGGCUGACAUCACAGCGAUGCGUGAGCAGUUGGAACAAAAACACGUUCAGAGUCGUGACCGGCGUCGUGAGGAGAGUGAGCAACUGACUCACCUGUCCAGCCACAACCAAAAGCUUGUGGAACAGCUGGCAGAGGCAGUGGCCUUAGAGCAUACUUUACGUACUGAGCUUCGUUCUUUGAGGGAAGAAAUGGAGGAUAAGAGUUUUAGCAAAUCCAUAAGCUCUGCUAGACUGGACAGUCUGCAAGCAGAGAACAGGGUUAUGAAAGAGCGCUGUGCUCAUAUGGAUGAAAGAUUGAAGUCAACUCAAGAAGACAACCACCGGCUGAGAUCUGAGAGGGAUGGAUUGAGAGAGAGGGUGAUUGAGCUACAGACCAGUCUGAAAGAUAAAGAAACUGAGGCCAAAGAAUCCAUUUUGGCCCAUUCAGCCAUUUUGCAAGAAAAAGAAGACGAAAUUCAGAAGUUACAGAAAGAGCUACAGUCUAGAGAAACUGAAUUAGAAGGGCUGAGGCAGGAGGUGAAGCCAUUUCGUAACAGUCCUGGCAAACCUACUUACAGUGCCUUGGAAGAUGAGAUCAUUUUGGCCCGACAAGAACGUGAUGCACUCAACCAGCAGCUUCUGAACACUAUCAGACACAAGGUGGCACUAUCUCAGGAAGUUGAGUCUUGGCAGGAGGACAUGCGUCUAGUGAUAUCUCAACAGGUUCAACUCCAACAAAAAGAAAAGGAAAACGACAAAGAACGGACAGGCCUUCAAAGAGGCACUCGCACCACCAAAUCACUGCGUGUACGUGGGGAAGAUGGAAGGAAAGGGUUUUUUUCUUCUCUGUUUGGGGGAGACUGACUGGAGGACCAAUAAGAAGGGACAAGAAGAGAAUACAAUAAUGAGAGAUUUCUCUCUUUUUUUUUUUUUUUCUACAAAUGUCAAAUAGUCAUUAAAAUUACCCAAAUGUGUAAAUAGAAAGACAAUAGAAAGAAAUUAUAUGUACUCUAUAGU